AUUUUUUUUAUUUUAUUUUGUGAUCAUGAGUCAUGAGGAAGUAAUGAAAUCCCAUUUUAUGGUUUGUUUUAGGUGUGCCAAACGGCUCCCUUGUAAUAAUUUGUUGCCAUUAAUUUUCUAAUAGUUUCGUUCAAGAUAAAUCUGGGAAAAACGUUAGAAGAUGAACUUCCUUGACAAUUCUGCUUCGUCUUCAUGGAGUUUCAACUUUCUUGCUAUUAAAUAAAUAUUCCUCUCUCUUAUUCAAAGUUCACACUUAAAGCGCUCUUUUAAUAUAUCUCUUUACGAUCUGUUUCUCUAAACUCACACAAUGUAUAAGGAGUUUCAUAGCGUAAGCCAUGACAUGAUGAAAAAAAUGAAAUCAUCGAAGCCACGCCAUCUCCUUUGGUUUGGCUUCAAGAUGGUGAUUGCCCUCUGUUUCUUGUCGUAUGGUCUUUUUGCUUAUCUCAAGCUUCACUCUCAUGUCAAGCUUCCUUCCCUACAUCCUCCUGCUUUUCAUACAUCUCCCUCUUCAGGGUAUCAUCAUUUUGAAGGCACACCGAAAAUUGCUUUUCUGUUUCUUGCUCGGCGUGACCUCCCCCUUGAUUUUCUGUGGGAUUCCUUCUUCAAGAAUGUUGAUGCAGCGAAAUUCUCAAUUUAUAUUCAUUCCACACCUGGUUUUGUCUUCAAUGAAACAACAACAAGGUCUGCAUUUUUUUAUGGUCAGCAACUAAACUAUAGUAUUCAGGUGAUAUGGGGAGAAUCAAGUAUGAUAGAAGCAGAGAAGCUACUACUUUUAGCAGCUCUCCAUGAUCCUGCCAAUCAAAGAUUUGUUCUCCUUUCAGACAGCUGUGUUCCUCUGUACAACUUCAGCUAUUUAUAUAGCUAUUUAAUGUCUUCUUCAAAAAGCUUUGUCGACAGCUUCAUUGACGUUGAAGAAGAUCGUUAUAGUCCCAAGAUGUCACCUGUUAUACGAAGGGACAAAUGGCGAAAAGGAUCUCAGUGGAUCACUCUGGUUAGAAGACAUGCAAAGAUGGUGGCUGAAGAUUAUUUUGUUUUUCCUAUAUUCAAGGAAUUUUGCAAGCGAUGGCCUCCCAAGGAUGUGGAUGAUCGAAAGGAGAUUCAUCAAAUACUUGACCUAGCACAAUAUUCUUUGCAAAGCUUGCUGCGGAUCUUUAAACAGCAUCGCAACUGUAUUCCAGACGAACAUUAUGUGCAGACAUUACUAGCUAUGAAUGGGCUUGAGGAUGAACUUGAAAGAAGAACACUGACCUUUACCAUGUGGAAUCACUCUGUCACAAAGGCGCAAACGUCAUGGCACCCUGUAACUUUCGAUUACGAUGAUGCCAGUGCUAAGAAAAUCAAAGAAAUAAAAGUUAUCAACUCUAUAUCCCGUAAACAAGGGAAUCAAAGUGAGAUGUGCCAUGUCAACAACAGACAUACGCCUUGUUUUUUGUUCGCAAGAAAAUUCACAUAUAGAGCGGCUUUACACCUCUUGACUCAAGACUUAGUUGGUUCAUUAAUUCUACUGCAUCAUAAAACAUACCACCAUGAACAACUCCAUUACUAGUGCUAGUUUGUCUAUAGAAAUAGUAUGUGCUACUGUAGAGAUUUUGUUUGUUCUUGCACUCCUAAGCUUUCGGUACCAAAGUGGUUUCUAUUUGUAUUGAUUUAUGAACUCUUUUUUUAAGUAGCUUCAUACAUGUUUAUCCACAUAAUAAAUCUUUUCAUUGAGCUUAUCACACUGUUAAAAGUUAAUAAAUACAAAUGAAAAUAUCGAUAGAAUUUUCUUUA